UUUUUACCACGCUACACACGAAUGGAGGCGGACGAUGACCCAGGGACACCCAGGUCACAAGGCCAGGACUUGUCUUACAACAGCCCAGAAACACCUAGGUCGCGGGGCCAGGACUCUUAUCACAACGGCGAGAGAGUGUAUUACGACAGCCCAGGAGCGCCCAGGUCACAGGGCCAGGGUUCGUAUUACGACAGCCCAAGAGCGCCCAGGUCACAGGGCCAGGGUUCGUAUUACGACAGCCCAAGAGCGCCCAGGUCACAGGGCCAGGGUUCGUAUUACGACAGCCCAAGAGCGCCCAGGUCACAGGGCCAGGGUUCGUAUUACGACAGCCCAGGAGCGCCCAGGUCACAGGGCCAGGGUUCAUGUUAUUAUAUCCCAGAAGCGCCCAGGCAGCAGGGUCAGGGAUCGUAUUACGGCAGCCCGGAAGCGCCCAGGUCACGGGACCAGGUAAUGUACCACGACAUAUCACCAUCACCUAGAUCACGAAGCCAGCCGCUGUACCAUAAUGACCUAGGAGCACAUAGGUCAAAAGAUUACGGUUACGAAAAUGAAAACUACGGUUACAGAAGAGGUAGAGGCAGCCGCAGACAUCGUCGCAGUCCAUCAGAAAGAGACAGCCGCAGAUAUCCACGCAGCCCGUCAGAAAGAGGUAACCGCAGACAUCGACACAGUCCGUCAGGCCGCAGAUAUCCACGCAGCCCGUCAGAAAGAGGCAGCCGCAGACGUCGACACAGUCCGUCGGAAAGAGUCAAUCGCCAACAUCGACACAGCUCGUCAGAAGAAUCUGGUGAACACUACGAUAGAUAUAUAAAACGGCCAAGGUUAUCGAAAUCAAACGGGGAAUAUCGCGACUCUGCUGUCCUAGAUAAGUUUCUUCAUGUGUUGAAGCAAAUCAAACGAUCUGAUAAACCGAAACUUUCCUUUAAUACUAAUGUUGUACCCGAAUUUGACCCAAUGUCCAAGGAACAGACUGUAAUAAAUUGGCUUACAAAGGUCGAAGAAUGCGCCAGUAUAUACCAAUGGGACGAUAGAGAAUUGAUUCACUAUGCUCUCCCCAAACUCACAGGCGUUGCAAAAACUUGGUACCAAGGUCUAUCUAGCGUUUUAUUCACAUGGCCCGACUGGAAGAAAAAACUCAUCGAAUCAUUUCCCUGUCGCGAGGAUUACGCCGAGAUUCUUACAGAAAUGCUCUCAAAAAGGGCCCGUUUUGGAGAAUCACUGGAACAGUACUACUAUGCGAAGGUAAAUCUCUUAAACAGGUGCAAAAUAUACGGAAGACAAGCUGUUGAUUGUAUUCUCUACGGCGUAGAUGACCGCGCGGUAAAGGUAGGUGCCCAAGCAGCCCAGUUCUCUGAACCUGAACAAGUCUUGAAGUACUUUAGAACAGUGAAGGUGGGACAGAUACGGGAUAGAGACAUUCAAGAUUCUUCUCGAAAGUUUCGCCAAAAUGACUACAGGAAUAAAUCUGCCCGGCCUCAGAUGUCGAAGGACACGUCGAAAGACAACUCUAACAACGGCGAGGUAUGUUUUAAUUGCAGUGAAACUGGACACCGCGCCAGUAAAUGUAAGAAACCUGCUGCCACAUGCACGUAUUGCGACAAAAGGAAUCACUUGGCAGAACACUGUUUUAAGCGACUGCGCGAGUCUAACGAUGUGAAAGUGGAGGAAUCACGAGGGAAAGAGCGUAAGGAGAAGCAGGUUGCCGCAGUACACAUGGGUGAUACAAAUAAUAAAUAUAAAAUGGACGUCAAGGUCAACAACUCAAUGAUUAAAUGUUUCGUAGAUCUCGGCAGCGAAUGCUCGCUAAUAACAAUUAAUGCAGCCAAACAGUUGAAUCUGGACAUUGACACGUCCGAGGAACUCCCAGUGCUGAACACCGUUGGAGCUAAUUUGGUAUCACCUGUGGGUAUAGUAACAGGCAGUGUUGAAGUUCAAGGCAUAAAGGAAGUUAUUGAUCUAUAUGUCGUUGAAAACCAUGUGAUUAAACGACCAGUUUUACUGGGCCAUUCCUUCACGGAAAAACCGGACAUCACAAUAAUUAAAACUUCAAAGGAACUUAUCUUCAUCAAGACUGCAAAUGGCAAGUUACACCUGAAGGUACGUAACCAAGUCUCCCUGCCAUGCAAUAUGUUGACACCAGUCACUGUGGAAUCGACGUCUCUCGUUACUGGAACAAUUACCAUUAACGGCUCACUAAGAGGAGCAGAAGGAAAGAAAUAUUACUUGCUCCCAGGACAAUACGACAUCAACUCCGGUACCAGCACACUGCUCCUUCUGAAUGCAUCGUCUGACGUAAUUACUCUGAACAGUGGUUUUCUUCUGACGCGUGCUGAGUUCCAGCCAACCGACGACGGCGACGACACCACAUACGACUGUUGUGGAGUGACAUUCGACGAAAAGGAAGUUGAUGCGUCAGUUAACUGUGGUACAAAUGUGAACAAAGAAGAACGUUUGAAACUUCAACAACUUUUAUCGAAAUUCGGCGAUUGUUUUUCGAAAGGUCUCGGUGAUCUAGGUUUCACGAAGGUAUCAGAAAUGGUUAUCGAACUUGAAGAGUCAACUCCGGUCGUUUACCGCCCGUACCGCAUGUCACACGCCGAAAGAACACUGGUAAGAAAUAUGGUUCAAGAAAUGCUUGAUAGUGGGAUCGUAAGGGAGUCUUCGUCACCAUAUGCGAGCCCUAUAGUAUUAGUCCAAAAGAAGACCGGCGAGAAGCGAUUGUGCGUGGACUAUAGGGCCCUUAACCGCAAAACUAAGAAGGAUCAUUACCCACUCCCCAGAGUUGAAGAUCAGCUGGACCAGCUUUCUGGAAACACAUUAUUCACUUCCCUGGAUUUAGCAUCGGGAUACUAUCAGAUCCCCAUUUCGGAGGAGUCACGGCACAAAACUGCUUUUGUCACACCUGACGGACAAUAUGAAUAUAACCGAAUGCCAUUCGGACUAGUUAAUGCGCCGUCAGUGUUCCAGAGGACAAUAAACAAAAUUUUGUCGGAAGCCAAAGUUAAGUACGCCAUUGUCUAUAUGGAUGACAUUUUAAUCCCAUCAAAAGAUGUUGAUGAGGGAUUACAAAGGCUGGAAGAAGUACUUAACUUACUAAAGGAAGGAGGACUAACGCUAAAAUUAAAUUGCAAUGCCCUCAGAUAUACACUCACCAAACGCGACGUUAUUCCACGGGUGGCGAGAUGGUGGGUACAAAUACAAGAAUAUGAUUGUUCCAUCGAAUAUCGACCCGGCGCACGCAUGCUACACGCAGAUGCACUUAGUCGCCACCCUGUUGAUGACGGUGUACAAGAAUCUCACGUUCUUGAUGUACUACUCACUACGGAAGUAAGUGACCAAGACUGGAUCUCGACUGUCCAGAGCGCGGAUACAGAAAUUAAAAAAAUAAAGGAAACCCUCAACGACCCAAAUUCCGAACAGGUAAUUGACUACCUUAAUAAUUAUAAACUCAAAAAUGACCGUGUCUACCGCAUCGUGGCUGACGAAUUAAAAUGGGUAGUGCCCAAGAGUGUUCAUGGCUUCACAAAGUACGCAAACAUAACCCCUGUCAAGAACACAAAGUCAGCUACCUCUAUCAAAGUAAUUAAAGAGCACAUAAGUUAUUUCGGAGUACCAACCCGUCUCAUUACAGAUAAAGGAACUAGCUUCACAAGCAAGACGUUCAAAGAAUUCGUCUCAUCUCAUGGCAUUAAACAUAUUGAGAAUGCCGUGGCUACUCCCCGGGCCAACGGCCAAGUAGAGAGAUUUAAUAGAACAAUCCUUAAUGCCUUAUCUACCUCCACACAUGGCAAAGAUGAGAAGGAUUGGGACCAAUACGUUGCCGAGAUUCAGGUAGGUCUGAACACCACAACGCAUAAAACUACUCAGAAAACUCCAUCUGAACUUCUAUUUGGAUUCAAUGUUACAAGUAAUUCGCAAGGGAUACUGAACUCUGUCAUAAGAGACACGCUAAAUGUUGUAAAUACGGAAGACCUAAAUGAUGUUAGAGAACAGGCUAAACAAAAAAUAACUGAGCAGCAAAAUAAAGAUGCACUAAGGUUUAAUAAAAGCCGAAAACCCGGUACGACUUACAGGGAAGGUGAUCUGGUGCGCGUAAAGAGACAAGUACCACAUGAUGGAAAGUCACAAAAGCUUGUAAGUAAGUACCAGGGACCAUAUCGUAUCUUGAAAGUUCUCCCUAAUGAUAGAUACCUUAUAGGAGAUACCCCCUUAACAAAGAAGAAAGGUCGCAGGUAUGAAAAUGUGGUAGCACUCGAUAAAAUUCAACCCUGGUUAAAUUUUGUAAGAGAAUUCGAUAGCGAUGUUGAUACUGGAUGUUCUAGUAGUGAUCAUGAACAAUAA